UGCGCGGGAAGAUGAGGAGCUGCGUUCCUCUGCUCAGCCUCUGGAGCGCCUAUUGUUGCGUUGCCGCCGCAGGCCCCGCGCCCCUGGGUCCCGAGGAACGGCUGCAAGAUGGGUUUCUCAGACCCGCAGCGGAGCCGGCUGUGAGGUUUAACCUCCGCACCUCCACGGACCCAGAACACGAAGGCUGCUACCUCACCCUCGGCCACGACCACCCCUUGGCCACCUGUGGCUUCAACACGACCGCCAAAACCUUUUUCAUCCUUCACGGCUGGACGAUGAGCGGCAUGUUUGAAAACUGGCUGUACAAGCUUGUGUCCGCCCUGCAGACCAGAGAGAAGGGAGCGAACGUGGUGGUGGUAGACUGGCUCCCCCUGGCCCACCAGCUCUACACGGACGCCGUGAACAACACCAGGGUGGUGGGGCACAGCCUGGCCAGGAUGCUUGACUGGCUGCAGGGAAAGGACGGCUUUGCUCUCGGCAAUGUCCACUUGAUUGGCUACAGUCUUGGCGCUCACGUGGCUGGCUACGCUGGCAACUUUGUGAACGGCACUGUGGGCAGGAUCACGGGUCUGGAUCCUGCUGGGCCCCUGUUCGAAGGGGCAGACAUCCACAGGAGGCUGUCCCCUGACGACGCGGACUUCGUGGACGUGCUCCACACCUACACGCGUUCCUUCGGCUUGAGCAUCGGCAUCCAGAUGCCCGUGGGCCACAUCGACAUCUACCCCAACGGAGGGGACUUCCAGCCGGGCUGUGGGCUCAAUGAUGUCCUGGGGUCUAUUGCCUACGGAACCCUGGCCGAGGUGGUGAAGUGUGAGCACGAGCGGGCUGUCCACCUCUUCGUGGACUCCCUGGUGAACGAAGACAAGCCGAGCUUUGCAUUCCAGUGCACGGACCCGAACCGCUUCAAGAAGGGCAUCUGUCUCAGCUGCCGCAAGAACCGCUGCAACAGCAUUGGCUACAACGCCAAGAAGAUGAGGAACAAGAGGAACAGCAAAAUGUACCUGAAAACCCGGGCCGGCAUGCCUUUCAGAGUUUACCAUUAUCAGCUGAAGAUCCACAUUUUCAGCUACCAGCACACGGCGGAAAUCGAGCCCAGCUUUUACGUGACCCUUUAUGGCACCAAUGCCGACUCCCAGGUGCUGCCUCUGGAGAUAGUGGAGAAGAUCGGGUUGAAUGCCACCAACACCUUCCUGGUCUACACCGAGGAGGACCUGGGUGACCUUCUGAAGAUCAAACUCAGCUGGGAGGGUGCCUCUGAGUCCUGGUACAACCUGUGGAAGGAGCUUCGCAGCUACCUGUCCCAACCCCGCCGUCUGGGGCGGGAGCUGAGUAUCAGGCGUAUCCGGGUCAAGUCUGGAGAAACGCAGCAGAAGCUGACUUUCUGCGCCCAAGACCCUGAGACCACCAACAUCGGCCCAGGCCGGGAGCUCUGGUUUCACAAGUGCCAGGAAGGCUGGAGGACGAAGAAUGAAACCAGCCCACCCCUGGACCUGCCCUGAUCGCCUACCUUCUGUGCCUGUGGAGGAAAGUUACUGCCCAGGAGCCCCAGAGGGCCGUUGCCCCUCGGCCGGACGCUGGAGCAGUGAGCUGCCUGCUGGCGAGGACCCGUCCUGCUGAAAGUUCCGCCUCUCGAACAGCUUGUCUCCAGAUCUGAGUGUGGCUGGCCACUGGCCCGGCCCCUCACUGCCCCUCCUGCCCCUGCUGGUCACUCAGAGACUGGAUGAGCCAAUGUGUGGUGUGGGGCCACCUGAGCUGCGCCAAGGGCUUAUGCGGAGCUGGGACCUCAGGACUUCAGGGGCCCCGAUGCAUUUGUUGUUGGGACUCAAUGGGCUGCACUGAUCAGGUGUUCGGACCACACCCAGCUUGUGCCUAGGGCUUAGUGCUCAGGGAGCACUCCUGACCAGCCCACGGGACCACAUGUGGUGCCAGGGAUUGAACCUGGGUUGGCUGCGUGCAGGGCACAUUCCCUACCCAUUGUAUUGUUUCUCCUGUCCCUUUUCGGUUCCUCUCAAGACAUUCUGUCCUGUAGACCAAGUUGCUCUCCAAAGUACACACCA